AUGGCCACAGCAAUUCAAAUCAGUGCUUUAACGGAUGAGCUCAUCUCAAUAGUUGCUAAUAUUUCAGAUAGCAGUUCACCUCGGUUCAAAGACCUAAAGUCAUUGACUCGAAGGCUUUUGAAGCAGAGUCCGGCUUGCAGAACGGACAAGUUCGAGGUUGCGAGGAGACUGGAUGGUUUGCAGGAGAAAUUCCAAAUUCUAGGAAACGACCCCUUAGCCGAUGCUCUCCACCAGCGGCUGGUUGAACUGGAUGCGAGAAAUCGUUAUUGGUCACCAGAAGUUCUCUUCUUAUUGCUAGAGCUGUCUGAUGAGCCUGCUACCAAGUCGAAACCGGGUGCAAUCGAGCAACUCAAGCCACCCGAUCCACCGCCCGUUCUCACCUGGUCUGAUUUGGGCACUUCCGACCUUGAUCAAGAGAACAUCUGGGACUUUAUCGACUAUACAAAUGGUUCGUCUGAUGACAACCUGUCUACAGCUUCAAGCGACGUGUCUAUUCCCCGAAUCAUCCCGCAGAGCUCCAGGGUCCCCUUAGAUGAAUUCAUCCCUCCAGGAGAUAUAUUUCUAAACGUAGAGGACAAAGCGUUAGUCUCAUCUAUACAAAAAUCUUUAGCCUGGAGAAACGCGUCAAACGGCACGAGUUUUGAGGAGAAUUCAGCCUUGACGGAACUACAAGUUACCCGGGAAGUCAUCUUUAUGCUUCAAGGCCUACCAAACUCCUUAUUCCGAGAUGUACAAGACGCUAUUGAGGUGGAUCCCAGGUUCUCUAUGAAUCAUGCCUCCAAAAAGGCACUUGGGUCAAUACUGGGGGCUUUUGGUCACAUUGGCGUCUGCGUUCGAAGACUCAGGGCGUUCAGUGCGGGGCCUUUAUUAAUACCCUUCAUGCAGAUGUUCCAAAGAGAACUGGAAAAAUUGGUUUCCGAGUUUAAUGAAUUCUUAUCAAACAAGCAGAUUCAAUGCUCAGCGAGGACGGGGUCUCCGCUUAUUAGCCUGCUCGAACUGUUCGACGUCGUCCACAAAGAAACCAAGCUUCUUGUCGACUUAGCUGACCUUGUAGCGAAAUAUGAAACAAGUACAGAGCAAAGAGAAUUUCUUUGUCUUGAUUUGCUCUACGAUUUAACUUGUGCGAAACAAGCGGCUGCCGAGGAUGGAGAUUUCAAAACUAUCGCCAAAAUCUUCCUCAGAUGCUUUGAGAUCUAUGCAAAACCGAUCCAGCUAUGGAUGAGGACAGGAAUGCUAGACGAGUCCCUCGGCUCUUUUUUUGUUAAAAGAUCUGCCGGAUCUACCGACCUGAAGCAUCUCUGGCAAGACUGGUAUGUCUUGGAGAAGGCCCUGAGUGAAUUCUAUGGCCCGAAAUUACUGCGCCCAGCAGCAGAAAAAAUAUUUACUGCCGGGAAAAGCAUGGUUUUUCUUCGAAAUCUUGGUGUCCUGCCGGAAACUCUAGACUUAACCGAAGAGCCUAUAAUCGCUGAUGUCGAUAUCUUUUCAGAAAAGGAUAUAUCACAGUUGGUACCAUUUUCUGGCUUAUUGCAAACCUCGCUUGGGCGACUGAUGAAUGCAAAUCACGCGAUUGCUUCAUCUAUUUUGAGAACGGAACUUGAUGAAAAAUGUGGCCUUUGGCUUUCAUUGCAGGCUCUCGAUUAUAUAUACUUGGCCAAAGAUACCACGCUUUUGAUGGCGGUUGACCAGAGGAUAUUUGAUUUAAUUGACAAGGGAAGACAGUCGUGGAAUGAUCGCUUUUUAUUAACUGAAAAUUUCCAGCAAGCCUUCGGGAACCUGUCGUGCAUCAAUGCCGAUCGUAUUAUCGCACGAGCUGCAAAGAUUUCCCCUCGAGAUUUCGAAAGGCUUUGCCGCUCUGUCAAGAUACUAAAAGCUCUGUCCGUGGAUUACGUCCUACCAUGGCCUAUCGCGAAUAUAAUAUCAAAGCAAGCCAUGUUAACCUACCAGCGGGUCUCAACAUUUCUCAUGCAAAUCCGUCGAGCGAAAUAUGUGCUUGAGAAACAAUGUUCCAAUAAGCCAAAGCAUCUCCGGCUUGAGGGUUACACUAAAGAGGACAUUCUUGCAUUCUCCAUCAGACACCACCUUCUCUGGUUCCUCAAUAUCGUCUAUUACCAUUUCACGGAGCUUGUUGCAUUUCCAUCCGGGAACGAAUUGCGAAAGGAGAUGACUCACGCUAAAGAUGUGGAUCAAAUGAUCUCUGUCUUUCAAUCAUUCACUUCUUCACUGGAAGAACAGUGCCUGCUUUCGCAGCCCUUAGCACCUAUCUACCAAGCCAUCAUCUCACUUUUUGAUUUGUGUCUCCGAUUCUCCGACGUCCAAGUUGCGCGCUACGCAGAGUAUCAGCAUGAUCAGGCAAAUCAAUCAACCACCUAUCUCCACCUGUCUCGUCCAUAUCGUCGCCGUCACCGUUUGGCAUCGAAAGAUGAAGAUACGAGCUCAGACGAGGAUGAGGAUGACAGCGAAGAGCACAUCAUAAACGACACGAUGUUCGGCGACGGAAAUAGCACCUGUAUAUCCUUUGCGGAACUAUCAUACAGGGAACGAUUGCUUGAUGUGAAAGAAAAGUUUGACCAGCUUUGUGGUUUCAUUAAAGCCGGUUUGAGAGGCGUCGGGCGGGUCAAUGGUCGAAAUAGUUGGGAGAUGUUGGCUGAUAGGCUUGAAUGGAAGAGCGACACUCUUGUGUAA